AUGAGGCCGACUCGGUACCUUUCGACACCUUUCGUUGCCAAAGCAGCAACACUCGCCGGUUUGUUGCUACCUGAAGCAACAGGUACACCGUUCGCAAACAAUCCGGUGACCAUCGUCUCCAGUGCUACGUCACUUUCGCACACCAGUCCUGCCUUCGGUGGUAUUGCCCCUGGUACGGACUUGAGUGUCCUCACGUACGAGGUUACCGAAUACAAGGUCACCACGUUCCACAGCUCCAACAGCAGCUCUACCACGAGCACAACCACUACAAACAACGGUGGCAAGAAGAGUACCACCACCUCGACUACUUCCAAGAGCUCAUCCUCUACCAAACAGUCCGCUGUGUACAAGAGUUCCAAGGGUUCAGUCGUUAGCAAUGGAUCCAUGUUGGGCCUUGUCCAUGAACGCGCAUUGGAAGAAACCACGUCGGAUAUCCAGAAGCUGGAAAGCCACUUUGGUACGUCUUUGGAGCUCAAUGUGAACAACUUGGCCUCCAAUGCGGCAUACUACGUCAUGCCGUGGCCCAGUAGCUACUGGGCUAUCUAUCUCGACGGUAUCAACUACCGUUGGAAAUCCGCUAGCGAGCCUAGUGCCACUGAGAAGUAUGCCAGUGCCUUCGGUCUGGAUCCGGAUGCAUUAAUGGCGAGCGUCUCGAAAUCCACUGGAGUCGAAUCGAUGGCUGCGUCUAGUACUUCGUGCUGGACGAACUGGGACUGUGCUAGCAAAGGCGAUGGCAGCGUUUGUGCUCGACGUGAUGGAGAGGCUCGAGGCUACUGUAUCCCGACCUGGUACGGCAUCUGCCAUGCCUGGGCUCCAGCAGCUCUACUUGAACCCGAACCGAACUGUGCUGUCGACUACAAUGGUGUAACGUUCCAGCCGAUGGACAUCAAAGCUCUGAUAUCUGAGGUCUACGAUGGAUCGAGCCUCGCUACAGUCUUCACCGGUGCACGAUUCUACGGGCCUGAUAGCGGUGACAGCACUGACGAGUAUGGUCGCUAUUCUGAUUCCUCGCGUCGCGAUAUCGGUCCAGGCUUCAUGCACGUCGCGCUAGCCAACAUCAUCGGGCGGUUCAACGCUUCUGUUGUCAUGGACGUCACCGCCGGUGCGGAGGUCUGGAAUCAGCCCAUUUACAGCUACAAGGUGCUCACUCAAAGGGAAAUGACACCUAGCGACGCUGCUAACCAGUACUUUCAAGUACCGACGUACCCGUUCAACAACGAAGCUCAACGGAUCAUGUACGUGGAGACCACAGUGUCUUGGAUGGUUGAGACUUUCGAAGACGGGGGACUUGUGAGUUCUGGUAGAGCUUCGAAGUAUGAGAACAGCAAGACGUACAAGUACCUCCUUGAACUCGACAACGACUACAACAUCCUUGGUGGGGAGUGGGUGGAAGACUCGCAGUCGGAUCAUCCUGACUUUCUCUGGCUUCCUAAGGCCCGUCCGGACCUGAGUCUUGUCACGGAAGUGGGGCUUAGUUACCAGAACGUCCGGAUGCUGCUCGAUAGGGCCACAAACUGUGCGUAGUGUAGCGUAAGGUGUCACUUGUCGGUGUCUAUCUGUUGAUUGUUGCAAAAAUCUCAUGCGUACGUCUAUUCAUGCC